CAUCCCUAGCGAAUCGCGAAUAAACUGCUCGAAUCUACCUCUGAGAUGCUUUGUUUUGAUUGUCACUUGAACAGCUGCAGCUGCAACAAAAAUAUGGACUCAUUCUGGGAGAACCUGGAGCACGUCAUCUCGUACAAAAUUCCGGCCCACAUCAAGCACGCCCUGGAGCUGUCCGGUUACAUCAAUCCGGCUCUGGCAAAUCUCACCGAAGCGGACAUUCCCAACAUCGAGGCCGAUGUGCGGGCGGUACCGGAAAUAACCAACCUUCCGAGCGAUGAUCCCUCGCUGGCCAAGUACUGGGGGCCCCAUUUCGGCGCAAAUCCAUCCACUUUUCGAUUCCUGACCGGCGAGCGAAAGCUGCUGCUGUUGAUCGGACAAACCGUGCGGGAUAACGGAUUUGCGUGUGUGGUCAAUUACAAGGUGGACCGGCCAGGAUCGCCGGAGGAGCCACCGGCGAAGAUGAUGCGAGUUGUUCAGGGAUCUAUUGCGGACAGGGAGCUGCUGAAGGCGCGAAUCUUGGAGUAUUUUAUGAACAGAUGUGACAACUUCAACGAAGACGAGGAGCUCCAAAAGCUGCACAAGGUGGGCAUAUUUUUCGAACCAUCACCAACGGGGCCGAAGGGGACGAUUCAGUGCCCGAUCUGCCAUUCGAAGUAUACCAUCCAUAAAGAGCGCAGUGGCAGUUGGAAAAUCACGAACUUUUUGCAGCACAUGAAGUGUGUGCAUAAGGUCAAGAUGAAUCAAUCGCACACCAAAAAUGCUGGAUCUGAUAACGAUAGUUGUGAGGCGAAUACCAGGGAGAAUCUAGAAACCAUGAUUAUGAAAGUGGAAAUGUUGGACGAUAUACUUUAGAGUGUUAUCUGUAAGCUUGCCAAUAAGUGAAGAAUAUACCUAGAAUGAUUAAAAAAAGGUUUUUCUUCCACUCGAAAUAAGGGCGUUGACCAUAUUUUUCAAAGUGUAUGUCGUCCCAACCUUCAACCUGAGGAAAAAUAUUAUUUUUUCAACAAACUUCAA